AUGACAAGGGACCAGAAUGGAACCUGGGAGAUGGAGAGUAAUGACAACUUUGAAGGCUACAUGAAGGCCCUGGAUAUUGAUUUUGCCACCCGCAAGAUCGCCAUCCAUCUGACUCAGACGAAGAUCAUUGAGCAAGAUGGUGAUAAGUUCAAGACGCAAACCAAGAGCACAUUCCGUAACUAUAAUGUGGAUUUCACAGUUGGGGUGGAGUUUGAAGAGCAUACAAAGGGCCUGGACGACCGGAAAGUUAAGACUUUGGUUGUCUGGGAAGGCGAUGCCCUUGUGUGCGUACAGAAGGGGGAAAAGGAGAACCGAGGCUGGAAGCAGUGGGUUGAGGGGGACAAGCUGUAUCUGGAGCUGACAUGCGGCGACCAGGUGUGCCGUCAAGUGUUCAAGAGGAAGUGA